UAACAUUUACCAGGUAGUCCUUUAAACCUACAGGCGACUUUUGCACAAUAUUUAAAGACAAUCAAUUGACUAUUGAACUGAUUUUUAGUUCAUUCAUUCAUUCCCUUACCCUUUCCAGUCGUUCCACCGCCAUAGUUGCUCAUUCUUUUUUCGUGCACGGCGACGAACGCACGCGCUCCUUUAGCUCCGCAGCUACGAACAUAUCGUACUCAAAAAUGUCUAAGCGCACAGCUAAAGAAAAAUUAAUUCACUAUCGUGAAAAAAUCAAGAGACUUGAACAAAUUUAUGAUUCGUCUUCAUCGGAAGAUGAAGGUAAGUUGUUUAUUUAUUCCUUAAUUCUAAGAAGUGAUUAUAAUGAGCCGACAUAGGGAUUGACUGCGAGUCUCUAACUAUGAUCAAAUAACCAUCGGGGUUGACUGCGAGUCUCCAACGAUGUUAAAAAGCAGAACAAUGCGCGCAAUCUUCAGUAGAUGCACGUUACUCUGCGACAUAAAUAUUUUCUCAACCUACCCCCAAGAGAAAAUAUUUUUCAUAAAAAAUAAUUUAUCACUUCUUUCUUGUUUUAGAUGUUGUAAUGGACCCUGACGGUCCCAUACUGGCUCAUGAUCCUAUUAUACAGGAACCACAAAGAAACAUCGAAAAUCCCGAACCGGAACAUAAUAGUAGUGUACCGAUGUCGGACCAUAAUAACGGGAUUAUUGUACCUGAAAAUCAGGCAGAUUUACCGAUGUCGUCAGCUCAACCCGAGCUCGCUCCAGACAUGCUGCUCGCACUCGGAGAGUCCACAGAGGCACCCCGGAAUACGGCGAAAACAUCCACGACAAUCUAACGAAACUUUGGUCACCGUUACUUAAAAAAGGCAUGACGACCGAAGCUAGAGAUAAAAUCUUAAAAGACUAUUUGGUUCCCGACAACUGCCGGUUGUUACAAGCACCAAAAUUAAACGUGGAGAUUUCAGCAGCCGUACCCGAUAUGGUUCGUAACCGAGACAAAAAUCUGGCCGCGACGCAGCAGCAACUCGGCAACGGAAUCGCUGCUAUUAACAGGGCCAUGGAUAUUCUAAUCAAAUGCGCCGAUCCCAACGGAAUCAGAGCUAUGAAACACCUCAGCAACGGUUGCCGCAUUCUGUGUGACAUCCAUGCGUCACUUACUCAGAAUCGAAUAAAACUCAUCACCCCUAGUCUCGAUAAGUCGUUCUUGCAAGUUAUUCAAGAUACAGAACGUGAUGAAACGCUGUUCGGCAAUAAAUUGGCUGAAAAAAUCAAGGCGGCGAAGACCAUUGAAAAACAAGGUCUUCAAAUUAAGAAAACGUCUCCAAAGAAACCCGCGACGGCACAACCGUCGACAAACCGAGCGUCGUACUCGGGAAACUGGACAGCGCCCCCUCGUUACGCGUCGAACAGGGGGGGGCGGAGAGGUGCUCGCAGGCAGGCGAGCUACAGCCGUCGGGCGCUUCCGGACGCACAGCCGGCCAAGGCGGCCCCUGCGACCAGGACGAGCGCCCAGACACCGUAACACAGGGACUGCCAUCCCCUACACAAUGGGUUUACCCUGGCGGUCGAGAAGCACUUCGACAGUCCUUCAGUCGAAGAGGCACCCCGCCAGAGGCUAUAACACUGAUGUUGGCAUCACUUUCCGAUAAAACAAUACAGCAAUACGAAGUUACCUAUAAGCUCUGGUGGCAAUUUUGCGCUAUUAAUUCUAUCGAUGUUUUAAAUCCACAGAAAUCGUCAUUACUGUCUUUUCUAACAGAACAAUUUAACAAAAAAUGCGCAUACGGCACACUGAAUAGUCACCGUUCAGCCUUAUCCUUGUUAUUGGGAGACAAUGUCGGUUCGGACAAUUGCGUGAAACGCCUUCUUAAAGGCGCGUACAAACUAAGACCGAACGGUCCCAAGUAUAACC